AGUGGAUGCCCUAGGCUCGGUCACAAACACCUGGAUUCCAGUUGGGACUUGGAUUUGCUGGGGACACCAACCAGAGAGACAGGACCAUGUGGCUGUCCCCAGCUCUGCUCUUUCUCUGCUUCUCAGGCUCUUUGUCCCUGAUGGGCCCCAGCUCUGUGACAGGCACCUUGGGUGGUUCUCUGAGUGUACAGUGUCAGUAUGAGGAGGACUACCGGACAUAUAAAAAAUACUGGUGCCGAGGGCAGUCUGAGAGCACAUGUGACAAGAUUGUGGAGACCAAUGUAGAAGAGAAGAGAGGUCGUGUGUCCAUCAGAGACCAUCCUGAUAGCCUCACCUUCAUAGUGACCAUGGAGAACCUCACCGCAGAAGACACUGGAUCCUACUGGUGUAGAAUUCAGAAAACAUGGUUCCUGGACAUAUGGUCAUAUGACCCUUCGGUCCAGGUUAAUGUGUCUGUUUCUCCAGCACCAAGUAAAACCACAGGGAAGACCGCAUGUCGAGCUGCAUCUGACACCUUUCCGGUGCUGAGCACCAAACAGAAUUUCAGCGCCGAGGUGUUGACCCACUGCUCGGGGUCCUCAUUUAGCAACGUCCACUUGCUGCUCCUGGUCUUCCUGAAGCUGCCCCUGUUCUUGAUGUUGGUGGGUGCUGUCCUCUGGGUGAACAGGCCUCUGAGGGGCCCUGGGGGAAGUCAGCCUGACAAAGAGAAGCCAUCAUGUAGUAAACUGUCUCCAGGAAUGCCCUGUCCAGGAAUACAAUCCUUCAGACAGAAUAGGAGAGACCUUCAGACUCUGGACUCCAAGGCAGGCGGACAGAAGUGCCUGGAUUCUGGAGGGGCCUAAGUCUUCUGGGGAUCUCGUUCCUGUGUCUCAAGGGAGAAUCCUGGGCCUUGGAUGACACUUGCUCCAAAUCCGCAGGUGCAGGAUGGAUGAGUCUCCUGGGCCAGUGUUUGGGGUCCUCUUCUUCUGUCUCAGAUCCCCUGGCCCUCAUGCCUAUCUCUCAAGGGCAAGAAUUCUCUGGAAGUUUCUGGAAAGUCCAGCCCUUCACUCCUCUCAUUGCCACAAAAUCUUCUCAGCUCAGUGUCCCCCAGGGUAAUAACCACCUCCUUUCUGCAGCCAGGUGGCUCCCUGAGGACUUGCUCCUCAUAGUUUCAGUCCUUGGGCUCAACAAGGCUUCAACCUCACUUGUGUCCCUGUGACCAGAGAAUGUGUGCUGUACUCAAGCAUCUCUGCCUGGGCCGGCCAUGGCUGAACAGCUUUCGGUUAAAGCUCUGGAUCUGGUUGGAGCAGAAGUGGGUGCCCCCAAUAUCACUCCCGGAAUUCUCCACCCUGGUGAGUCUCCUGCACACAGGGCCGGUGGGUAGUCCACUGUAGCAGAAGUCUGGCUGAAGCCACCUAUCAACACUUGGUGCUUUCCACGGAGAAGUAGACAGUCUCUAAAGACAAGGUGCAGGACACAGACAUGAGGAGAUACCUCCCCACAUAGUGUUGGCACAAUGCCACAGCUACCAUGGGACACACCAGCCUGAGAAAGGGCUCUCUUGGGUUUGAAUGCUUGUCAACAGCUUUCUCCCUGAAGUUUGCAGCAAGGUGCAUAGUCUGUUACAAACACGUAUCACCAUGUUCACUCAACUCCUUGUGUGUAAAACAGCCCUCUCCUCUCUGCCAAGCCCAAGCCUUCCCUCAGCUAGUGAUGCCAGUUUCCAGAAAACACUCCGAGUUCCUGAGCACUGAGUUUGCAAGCAGGGCUGCCAUGUUCAGAACCCAAAUCCUGGCAUGGCUCCCACAAGGGCAGGGCCGUUUGUGGCACCUUGAGGAGAGCUGGGACUGGCCCAGGACUCCAGUGAAGGAGAAAUUCAACCAAGGAGGCACAUACUUACUAUAUUAAUAAAACACAGACGGGGCGAUAUAGGAAACACAAUGAUGGCAAGAGAGAAGCUUAUGAUGCACUUUAUUCUGUUUCAAAAUUAUUCCAAGCAAUCUCGUUUCUUUACCUUUCCAGAUAAAUUUUUGAGUAAGCUUGUGUGUAGCUACCAAAACAAUUUUGUUGGUAUUUUGAUUGGAAUCAUAUUAAACUUACAGAUCAAUACUGGGAAAAUUGACAUCUUUACUAUGUUGAGUGUUCCAGUCCAUAAAUGUGGUAUCUCUUGCAAUUUAUUUAAGUGUUCCUUGGCUUCACUCACCAGUGUUUUGUAAAUUUUAGUAUCUGGAUGUUGCAUGUGUUCUGUUAGAUUUAUACCCAAGUAUUUUGUCUUCCUUUCGAGCACUCGUGAACAGCACUGUGCUUUUCAUUUAAUUUUCUACAUGUUCAUUGAUAGUUUACAAAUAGGAUUGUGUGUGUGUAGGU